AUGGAGGAUCAACCAGUUACAGUGGUUCCCCAGGCCAAGAAGGUCACCCACCCUCGAACCUCGCGCCCCAAGCCCCCAGCUGCUGGCAACGAAGAGGCCACCGCGACUCUCAACCUCGGCGAGUUCCAGGACGUCGACACCUUGACGCUCUCUGAGGCUGCUUUGGUUCUAAACGCCCUGCACGCCAAGCGAAAGAACGAUCGUAGAAAUGUCAACAACACCGAAAUGUUGAACUCAACCCUUACAUACCUCGACAACUUUGCGCGAUUCACACAAAAGGAGAACGUAGAAGCUGUCGAGCGCCUUCUCAGUGCGCACAAGAAUCUUGCCAAGUUUGAGCGCGCACAGCUAGGUUCCCUGUGCUGCGAAGGAUCGGACGAGGCCAAGACUCUCAUUCCUUCACUAGCCGACAAGAUCUCGGAUCAGGACCUCCAGGAUCUCCUUGACGAGAUCUCCAAGCUUCAGAACAGGUGA